AUGUUGAAGUUUGGGAACUCGAUCCCGCGGCUUUCACGGUUCGCCCUUCGACACGUCGUCCUCAUAGUCGUGGUUCUGUUCGUCUUCGCCAAUGUCAUCCUUUGGCACGAUACCCAGUUCUGGGAUGCACCCGCCCUCCGUCAACCCGUCGGCGGGUCCACGCACCCGAUCCAGAAACUGAUGCUCGACGCGAGGACGCGCCACGAUGAGAUCCUCAGCAAACGCAUCACCGACCUCGAGACAGCUACCGCCGAAUACCGCACCCGACGAGGGAGACACCCACCGCCUGGGUUCGAUCGCUGGUUCCAGGCCGCGCUGGAUACGAACGCUGUCGUGGUCGAAGACUACUUUGACAGGAUAUACAAGGACUUGACUCCGCGAUCCAGCGCCUGGCACUUUGUGGUCAAGGUUCGAAAUGGCACGGCGUCUGCGCAGGGCAACGCCGCUGGCCGAGUCCCUUGGCUCCAACUGUGGACAGACCUGGUCAAGGAGUUUGCGGAACACCUACCGGACCUCGAUAUGCCUAUAAACUACAUGGACGAGUCUCGAAUUCUCGUGCCCUUUGACACGGUUGCAAAACUGGUCAAAAAAGAGGCGGAGCAGAGGAGGAUGCCUGCAGUUGAAGAGGUUACGACCCAAUUCGAGGGCCUGCAGAAGAUCGACGAGGGCAAGACUGGCCCGUAUGACCCUAAGUGGUUUGGUCAUGACCAACAGUACUGGGACCUCGCCGUUCAAGCUUGCGGUCCGGACACUCCAGCGCACGGGGUUGAGCAGUUGAAGGAUUACGCUGGGCCGGCCGAGUUUCCCCAAAAUUACAGACCAAGCUACGCCUACAAAGGGUUCAUCCAGAACAGGACCGCAGCAACAGACCCGUGUCUCCAGCCGCAUGUCCGACAGCUACACGGCUCGUUCAUGAAGCCCAUCAGCCUCUCGACUACCCAGGAGCUGAUACCCCUGUUUGGUGGUUCUAAGCUCCCUAUAAACAACGAGAUACUCAUCCCUGGCGCCAUGUACCUGAGCAAGAGCGAGUUCUAUUCCGGAGGAGAGAGCCUAGGGCCGUCUUGGCAUCAUUUCCAACGGCAUCGCUUGGUUGACAUGCUCAACGGCACCUCCGUGUCUCGCGCCGAGGCCGAAGGCACCCGGGGGAUGACCUUCGAGCUCCCUUCAAAAGAGAUAUACCCCAAUCGCCGCAUCAAGGACGGGCAGUUGGGCGCUUGGCUUAAAACGUUUGCCGACACCGCAUUUGUUCACUUGUGUCCGCCCAAGCAGUGCGCUUGGUUCGGCAAGGCCUUCCAGCUUUCCAAAGAAAUCCCGAUGAAAAAGCAGUACUACUACAAGUUCCUGCCCGAUGUCGACGGCAACUCCUUCAGCGCGCGGUUCCGCGGCUUUUUGCGUUCCACUAGCCUGCCACUGAAGGCCACCGUCUAUACCGAGUGGCACGACGAUCGUAUUGUCCCUUGGUUACACUUCGUACCCCUCGACAACACAUUCCAGGACCUUUAUCCCGCGCUGGAUUUCUUCGCUGAUGGCGAUGGACCAGGGGAUGUCGCUGCGCGAUUCAUCGCCGAGCGCGGUAAGGAGUGGGCUGAGACAGCUCUGCGUAGGGAGGACAUGCGGCUAUACGUAUGGCGGUUGCUACUCGAGUGGGCGAGAGUGUGCGACCCUAACCGCCACACGCUUGGCUUCGUCGAUGAUUUGAAGGGGAAGAAAUGAGCAGGCAGGGAAGAGUUCAAAGCUGCAGCAGUCCAUUACAUCCAGUGGACGUAUUGUGAAUUGUGAGAGGGAUUUUAAAUGGAAUACAGGUUUAGAAGUGUACGACCAGCAAAUGGUCAACUGCGUACCUGCGAGCGGCUACCUUGAAACCCGAUAUCAAGGGCUGGAUUGUAAGGUUUUAGAGGAUCAGCCCAGGACCGAUGGUAUUGCUUUAGAGUCCGUGAGCCGGCUGCAUGCAAGGGCUCAAGACAGAGCUGGAUGCACCACAACUUUAUCAUCUCGACAUACGUUUCUCCUGCGAUUAGUUGUGGCCUUGGCCGUGUAUGUAACUGCAUUGUUCCUACUACGCGUAGCUUGAUCUAUCUCAGUGUUAUACCGUGGUUUUUAAUCAAACCUGGUAAAAUUAAACAAACAGAAUACG